UUUUGUGUCCAUUCUAUUUCCACAAACCCGUGGCUGCGUGAGGCAAAAUUCUCUCGUUCUCAUGAAUAUUCAUAAAAGCUUUUAACCAAUGAUAUUCCCUUCUGAAGGAUUCUGUCAGAAGGAGCCAGAAGGAGUCUGUCCAAUGAGAAUUAGCGUUGUUAGUCGCAGUCGGCAUUACUCGCAAAAUGGCGGAAGAAGUAAAACGUGUGUUUGGCAUUGAAAGUUUCACAGAUUUGCAAUCCGAAACCAUUAAAUAUCUAUUGGGUGGUCAAGAUGUUUUCCUUUCCAUUCGAACCGGUGGUGGCAAGUCUUUGACUUACCAAGCAUUUCCUAUGUUUUGCCAAGCCGAACCAUGCCAAGUCUUGAUAAUAAGUCCAUUGUUGUCCAUUAUGAAAGAACAGGUUUCCUAUCUUAAUUCAUUGGGGUUGUGUGCAGAUUACAUUCACAAGGAAUGUGAUAGGACAUCAAUAGAAACAGGCAAAACAACCUAUGUAUUCACAUCCCCUGAGGCUAUUUUAACUGACGACAUGUGGAGGAGCAUCCUUAUUGAGUCUACAAGUUUCAAACUAUUUGUGGUUGAUGAAGCACACAUGGUGAUCAAUUGGGGUGAAGGUUCUGGUAAAGAUGAGCCAUUUCGGGAAUGGUUUGGUAGGAUUGGGGAAGUCAGGUCCCUUAUAUCAUGUCCUGCCCUUGUAAUCACAGCCACAGCCAGCAGAUCAAGUCGAAGAAAACUGAGGAAGAAGCUUGCUCUUGUCAAUUAUCAUGACAUUGUAGAAAGUCCAGAUAGGGAAAACAUUAAACUCUUUGUCAAUAAGGUCAAGGUCAAUGAGAAAAUUAGUUUUACCUUUUCUUGGCUGAUCAGCAUGGUCAUGGAUCAGGCUAUUGAUUGUCCACGACAUAUUAUAUUUUGUCCAAGCAUAAAGUUGUGUGCAGAAGUGUAUUGUGCGUUCAAAGUCUGUUUAAAUGAAUACAUUAGUUAUAUUGAAAUGUUUCAUUCUUGUACAACAGAUCAGGUUAAAGAGGAAAUAAGAGAGGAUAUGGAUAAAGAGGAUGGGCAUAUUAGGGUACUUAUUGCAACCAGUGCUGCAGGAAUGGGUGUAAACUAUAAAAAUGUUAAUAAUGUUAUUCAUUAUGGACCACCCAAAGAUUUGGAUGGCUUCAUGCAACAGUUAGGGCGUGCUGGUAGGGAUGGCACACAGUCUUAUGAAUUACUUUUUUACAGUAGUAGACAUCUACGUAAGUUAGAUAUUGAUAUGCUUGAUUAUGUAAAGAACAUAGAAAUGUGUCGUAGAAAAAAAUUGUUAGAAUCUUAUAAUUCUGUUCCUAGUGCAGAUUUAGUGAAACAUUUAUGCUGUGAUGUUUGUGAUAAGCAGUGUGAUUGUAAUGAAGAAAAUUGCAAGUCCUUUAAACACAUGUAUUUCAUUCAUAAAUCUGAAAUAGAUAUAGAAAGUUCAAGUGAAUCCAGUGAGGAUUAUAGUUCAGAUACAUCAAAGAAUUUAAGUGAAUCUGAAAGUGAUUAAGAGUAAAAAUGUAUCUAUGUACCUGUAGUACUAUAAUUGUUCUAAAAAUUGUAUUAAAUUGUUAUUCAUUAUGGACCACCCAAAGAUUUGGAUGGCUUCAUUCAACAGUUAGGGAGUGCUGGUAGGGAUGGCACACAGUCUUAUGAAUUACUUUUUUACAGUAGUAGACAUCUACGUAAGUUAGAUAUUGAUAUGCUUGAUUAUGUAAAGAACACAUGUUAUUCAUUAUGGACCACCCAAAGAUUUGGAUGGCUUCAUGCAACAGUUAGGGCAUGCUGGUAGGGAUGGCACACAGUCUUAUGAAUUACUUUUUUACAGUAGUAGACAUCUACGUAAGUUAGAUAUUGAUAUGCUUGAUUAUGUAAAGAACAUAGAGAUGUGUCGUAGAAAAAAACUGUUAGAAUCUUAUAAUUCUGUUCCUAGUGCAGAUUUAGUGAAACAUUUAUGCUGUGAUGUUUAUGAUAAGCAGUGUGAUUGUAAUGAAGAAAAUUGCAAGUACUUUAAACACAUGUAUUUCAUUCAUAAAUCUGAAAUAGAUAUAUAGAAAGUUGUUAUAGUUGUAUAAGAAAUUCAUUAAAUUUAUAUAGUUGAGGAUGGAAGAUAACUUCACUAUAUCCGUAAAUUCGCAAUAUCCAUGUUUGUACUAAGCGAGUUUUGCUGUACAUGUAAGUCAGGCCAAGCUUAAAAAAAAAUUGUUUGCAGUUGCGGACUGAUAAUUUUUUGAGUGAGUAGAUAGCGGUUCUUUUUUUAUUAUUAAACUUUUGGAUAUUUGUUACGCAUUGAGUAAUAGAGCUUUUCAUAGCCCUACUUUACAAGAAAAAUCUUUACACUUUAACACAGAUUGAUAUUAACAUGAAAACAUUUUCCAUAAAAUGGAAAUGAAUUUUAAAAUAUUUAAAUAUUUAAAAAAUGGCAAAAAAAGUUUGAGUCAGGUGCAUUUUCAGUGGGUCAGUAGGCAAUUGCAAACAAUAUUUUUUUUUAUUUUUGGCCUCACAUUAGUAACAAUGUAUUAUCCUUUAAUUGGUUGCAAUAAGUACCUUGUCACUCGUGUGACACAGUAGUUAGAGCGUCUGCUUUAGAGUCGCGAAAUAAAGAGUUGAUCCUUACAUCGCCAUUGAUAGAUGUAAGAUCCACUCACUACAUAACAAUUAUAUAGCAAGUGUGUGAGCGGAUCUAACAUCUAAUUUUAAUAAGACUGCAAUUGCCGAGCAUAUGACAAAAUUUGCAGCUCUCCACCCGCAAGUGGUAUUGUUUCCAUAUGAGUGAAAAACUCUUGAGAGGGACGUUAAACAACAAACAAUCAAUCAAGGGUUAAGAACCCUAAUAUAUCCUUCCUCUUUUUCCAUAUCCUCCCAUACUAUGUUUGUAGAUGUUUACAGAAGUCUUUUUUUUUUUUUUUAAUUUGUUGUAUUGAUAUAGUACAACUCUGUUUGACAAUGUUUUAUCACUUUUAUGUCAAUUUUGCAUUAUAUUUAUAAUCAAGAGGCCCAGUGGCCUUAUAGGUCACCUGAGUAUCAUGCAACAACAUUAUGACAAUUGAAUUUGAUUCAUGUUAAAUAGUGUUUAAUCCGGAGGCCAUGAAAUUCACAAUUUUGAAAGAGGCACCAUUACUUAUCAUAAUUUUGCACUCGGCAUGCUUACUUUGGUUACCAAUACCCAGAGAUAGAUCAGAGUAACAAAGAGAAAAUGCAUUUCUACUUUUUAUCAGUUGUCCACCCCAUCCCACAGGAACCACUGACCCUCAGCCACAUCUUCCAUUUUUUUUGGAAAUUUUAUUUCAUCAUGUUGAUUAAUACUAAAUUGCAGAUUUGAAAGCAUUAAAUUAUUUUCAGACCAUGUACAAGAAGCCCUGACCCAGGGGCCCUAAAAUUCACAAAUCUCAGAGGCAUCCUAUGCACUUGGUUACUUUAUUUAAUGCCCAUAAACAGAAAAGAAGCUAUUUGCUAAAUUUUGGUUCAAGCUGAAAAUGUUCAAAUGUUGAUGCACCUGAGUUCUAAAAAUCAUGUACAACUGUAA